AUGCAAGUGUUUAGCUGGGAGAAUUACAGCUAUGAAGAUUUCUUCGGCGAUUUUAGCAAUUACAGUUACAGCACUGACCUACCCCCUACCCUGCUGGACUCUGCUCCGUGCAAGCCAGAAUCUCUGGAAACCAACAGUUAUGUUCUGGUCAUCAUCUAUGCCCUGGUCUUCCUGCUGAGCCUGCUGGGCAACUCCCUGGUGAUGCUGGUCAUCCUGUACAGCCGGAGCACCUGCUCGGUCACCGAUGUCUACCUGCUGAACCUGGCCAUCGCCGACCUGCUCUUUGCCACCACCUUGCCCAUCUGGGCCGCCUCCAAGGUGCACGGCUGGACUUUCGGCACGCCCCUGUGCAAGGUGGUCUCACUCGUGAAGGAAGUCAACUUCUACAGCGGAAUCCUGCUCCUGGCCUGCAUCAGUAUUGACCGCUACCUGGCCAUUGUCCAUGCCACUCGCACAAUGAUCCAGAAGCGCCACUUGGUCAAGUUCAUAUGCUUAAGCAUGUGGGGAGUGUCUCUGAUCCUGUCUCUGCCCAUCUUACUGUUCCGUAAUGCUAUCUUCCCACCCAAUUCCAGCCCAACCUGCUAUGAAGACAUGGGGAACAGCACCGCGAAAUGGCGCAUGGUGCUGCGGAUCCUGCCUCAGACUUUCGGCUUCAUCCUGCCGCUGCUGGUCAUGCUGUUUUGCUACGGGUUCACCCUGCGCACGCUGUUCAAGGCCCACAUGGGGCAGAAGCACCGGGCCAUGCGGGUCAUCUUUGCCGUCGUGCUCAUCUUCCUGCUCUGCUGGCUGCCCUACAACCUGGUCCUGCUCGCAGACACCCUCAUGAGGACCCGCGUGAUACAGGAGACGUGUGACCGUCGCAAUGACAUUGACCGGGCCCUGGACGCCACCGAGAUUCUGGGCUUCCUGCACAGCUGCCUCAACCCCAUCAUCUACGCCUUCAUUGGCCAAAAGUUUCGCUACGGCCUGCUCAAGAUCCUGGCCACGCACGGCCUGAUCAGCAAAGAGUUCCUGGCCAAGGAGAGCAGGCCUUCCUUUGUCGCAUCGUCUUCAGGGAACACCUCUACCACUCUCUAA